AGGUUGGAGCAUGAAGGCCGUCUUGCUGCUGGCGCUGGUGCUGGUGGCGAGAGCCCCGGGCGCCACAGGCUUUGCGCAGCUCUUGUCUCGUCCUUCUUUCUCAUCAGGAGUCAGGACGGCCCAUGUGCGAAAGUGGAAUAUGCAGAUGGAGGGAGAUAAGAGCGAUCGGAUGUCCCGGCGAGCUCUCAGCACGCUGCUUGGAGCGAGCAUAAUCUACUCUCUAUCUCCAGAUGUCGCGCACGCUGGAAUCACUGAGAUAGUGACUGGGACGUCGAAGAGGAAGGACACUCUAGCAAGGAUCAAGGCAGGCGACGUGUGGCUCCCCAGGCUGAGUUGCUUCCCACCAGAGCCCUGCAUGCAGCAGACUACGGACAAGUGGUACGACUUCCCUCCGACUGUCGAUGGGUAUACGUCGACUCCGUCAGGCCUCAAAGUGAAGCCUCUCCCACCCCUUGAAGAGAUGAAGGAGGUAGUUACUCAGGCUCCUUUCCCCACCGAAGCUCAGGGGACUAGCAACAUCCAGAUCAUCUGUGCUGGCUACAUCCUAGGAGCAGCGACCGAGCAGCAGAUCAAAGAUUACCUUGAUCCGCAAAGCAAGUCCAGCAAGUACUAUGACGUCAGCAACAGAGACCCGCGAUUGUUUCAGCUUGAUUCUGUCUUGGUGAACGUGGACAA